GCAAGUGGUUGAAGCCAGCCAAUGACAUUCUUGUAAUGGUCUUGUAAGGAGCCCUUCAACUCUGCCAAAGUCUUGUCUGCUUGAGUUACCUUGGUAYCUARAUUAAUAAAUAUAUAUUUUACUGUACAUCAAAAAUGUUACAAUUUCGAARCAAGCACACGAGAAUACAAUAACUAAACAACUUAAAAAAUACCCGAAAAAUGUUACAAUUACUUUUGCGAAAACAAUCUUAAAUAUUCGUGGUAUUAUUUACAAAAUGUGGUAUUACUCAGAGCAUGUUUACCUGACCCUCCACGAAGCACUUGUGAAAGCUCACUUCUAUUGAUGCUUUCAAAUAAAGCGAUCAAAUACUCGUCGUUUUGAGAACCCAACAAGUUGUCACGCUCUAGCAGAUCGAACAGCUCAAGGGGUCGAGCGAUUUUCUCCAAGAUUCCCGAGGGAAAAUGCUCUUUACACAGAAAUUUUAGAUCCAAGAAGUCUCUUUCUGUUAAUUCAUGGGCGAUCGCAAGCAGUCUGGCUCUAUAAGGAUCCAUCUUAAAACGCUAACCGAAUACAUCGACCACCGCUAUCCCCACCAUCUUACUUGUUUGUUGGGUCGUGAUGAUCGCGAACGCUUCGACGUCAACACAGGAACCCCAAGUCUUUAUCCAUGGGCUUCCUGUCUUAAAAAUCCAAAAUGGCUGCACAAAGACUAGUAUCAGAUUUUGUGAAGAAAUCUUCCUCACAAUUGGCUUUAAGGCAAAGUUUUUCUUCCAUUAGAAAGUUCAGCUCAAACAAGAGUCUUUUUUCGUCAAGUAAAUUCCCGCCUCGUGUUGAUUGCAUGCUACCUGAGAAUUGUUUCAAAGGGAAGACAGCUUUUGUGACUGGCGGAGGUACAGGACUUGGAAAGGGAAUGUCCAAAAUGCUAUCAGAACUUGGAGCUACAGUUGUGAUAUCAAGCAGAAAACUUGACGUUCUUGAGAAAACAGCACAAGAAAUCUCAGAGCAMACUGGAAAUAAGGUUAUUGCAGCAGCUGCUGACGUCCGUGAUCCAUCACAAGUCAAGUCAGCAGUUGACCAGUGUGUUGCUGAAUGUGGCUUACCAGAUAUCAUCAUUAACAAUGCUGCUGGAAACUUCAUAUCACCAACUGAAAGACUGUCGCCCAAUGCUUGGAGGACUAUCAUUGAUAUAGUGCUAAAUGGAACUGCUUACGUUAACUUGGAUAUAGGAAAACGAUUGAUAGAAGCUGGAAAAGGUGCAAAUUUUCUUGCUAUAACUACCAUUUAUGCCAAGUCUGGGUCAGGGUAUGUUGUUCCAUCAGCUGCAUCUAAAGCUGGUGUGGAAGCUAUGGUCAGAUCACUUGCAGCAGAAUGGGGGAGGUAUGGGAUGAGAUUUAAUGCUAUUGCACCAGGACCCAUUGAAACAAAGGGUGCGUUUAGUAGAUUAGAUCCAACUGGUGAAUUUUCAAAGAUGAGUAAAGAAAGAAUUCCAGUAAAAUGUGGGAUCAGCUGGAGUCAAUGAUCAGAAAGACAAAGGGCUCAURAAAGUUAUAUAAAUAAAUGUAAUUAUCUUCACUUUUCAAACAUUUCAACAAUUCAAUAAUGUAAAACUUAAUUGAAGACACCAGUUUCAAAAACAUAUUUAUGCAAGUUGUAUGAUAUUAUUUGAUUCAGUAAUGCAAAAGCUGUGUGCAAAGAAAAAUCUAAAAGUUUUUUAUUGAAGCUAGGCUGCAUAAAAUAGAUUUUGAAAUUGGAAACUUCAUAUUUAUUCUCAGAAAAGAUAAAUUCAUUCAGAUGAUUAUUUUUUAUCUUUAUUUACACAAUAAAGUCACAACAAGAAAAGCCA